ACGCCAGUAUGCCAUCUCUACAACCCUAUUUCGUCACACUCAAUAUUCUUCCAUCUCAUUUCGUCCCCGCUGGCGGUGACAACUUGAGAGCUUCCUCAUCGUCGUCGCCUCCGUUAAUCAGCGCGAUACCGAGAUGGAUGUACAAUGGGUCGGAUGGAUUGGAGAAACAUAGAAAGAGGUUCAAGGUGUGAGAAUGUGAUUAAAUGCCGACACCUCCAUAGCCGCCAUUGAAAUACCUGAGAUACAAUUGUACUUGGGAAGAAAGAGCGGAAGAAAAUAACAACUACUUGAUUUUGGCAGCUCAUAUCAUAUUAGAUUCUUGGACAAAAGCAAAAACAGGAGGUAUGGUAUGGUAUACAAAGGAAGAAAACAGAAUGUAAUGAGUUAAGUAGCUAACCGAGAAGGGAGGCAAAGCGAACCAAGGUACUAAAUUUGAGAAAGAAAAAAAAUUCAUUCGUUGAUGGGUGGGAGGCCCUGAGAGCUGGUCAUGGGUUGACGUGGCACUCUAUUUGUUUUGAAUCCCUAUAAUAACGGGAUACAUAACAAAAAAUGGAGAACUUUACCAUAAGACCAAAAAACAAACAAAUGAAAGAAAAAAGAAAGAUAGCCUAUAAGUACACACCACAAUUAGACUCGCUUCACAUCCAAAACACACACCAAUCAAACAUUUUCCUAAACAAAAUCACACGAAGAAUCACUUGCGUACGAAAGAUGAAGCCUGUUACAUUUCUCAUGGCUCUUACUACUGUCGCAGUCGUUCUCUCCACCGUCAGUGCUAAUCCCUACGGUGGGUGGCAGCCGAUAGAGAACAUACACAAUUAUUGCAUCCAGGAGAUUGCAAAGUUUGCGGUAGGAACACACAACUUGGAAAACAAUUUCAAACAUCCGUUGAGACUAGUAAGAAUUCGGAGGGGCCUUGUCCAGGUGGUGGAGGGCAUGAACUAUAAGCUCGACGUGAUGGUGGCUGAAGGCAACAGGCUCGACUCCAAGGGGAGUAUGUACCGAACGGAAGUUAACGUGAGGCUUGGUGCGAUGGAGCUCAUUUUUUCACACGUAUAGUUAAAGGGUUAAAUUAAGAUCAUGCAUGAACAAUAAUUUAGCAGUCUUUAUUUUAGUUUUAAAGUUUUUCAUUGUUUGAUUAAUAAUUAGGAAUAACAUAAACUUCUGUUGGUUAUCUAGUAAUGUGUUAUUAGUUGAUUAUGUCAUUUUUGUCAAAAAUGUGAUUGUGCCCUUAAUUAAUUGCUAGUGUCUAAUUUUUAUCUCUACACAUCGCUACGCUAGAUAUCAUUCUACCGCACCAAAUCUCGUGAACAACUGAAGUAAAAACAAACAAAUAUUCAUUGAGUAAGACUAUUUUAAUGUGUCAAAUUAAUUACUGCAUCAUGACAUAGGCUAGAAUUUGAGGAAUUUCGAGAAUAACGAAUGUUCAUGGGA